CUCCUCCUCUCACAUGUUCACUGGUAGGGAAGCUCCACCCACUGUAACACAUCAUCAUGAAGCUCCACCCACAGUAAUUCACCAAUAAAUGCAGGAAUAUCUCCAUCAGUUUACAAGUGAAGACAAGCUUCAAAUCAUCAGGAAGAGCUGAAAUCUGCACAGACUGAGUUUAUUAAAGAGAGAGAGAGAAGAUGAGAGAUCCAGAACCCUGCAGAAUCAAACACACUGAAGAUACUGAACAACAAACAGAGUUAAAUGAAGAAAAUGAGGAGAAUGAAGAAUUGAGUGAAGUUGAGGAGAGAAAUCAUGUGAAACGUAGUGAAAAACCCUUGGGUUGCUCUCAAAUCAAACAGAAAGAUUUAAAGAAAAGAAGAGCCAAGAAAUCUUUCAACUGCACUCGGUGUGGAAAGAGUUUCACACGCAAAACAAGUCUUGAUGUUCACAUGAGAAUUCAUACUGGAGAGAAACCAUUCACUUGUGAUCAGUGCGGGAAGAGUUUCACACAAUCAUCAGGCUUUAAGAUACACAUGAACAUCCACACUGAAGAGAAACUUUACUCAUGUGAUCAGUGCGGCAAAACAUUUUUCAGAGCUUCAGAGUUGAAGAUGCACCUGAGAGUUCAUACAAAUGAGAAGCCACAUUCAUGUCAUUUGUGUGGAAAGAGUUUUUCAUGUUUACAAAAUUUGAAAGUACAUCAGAAAAUGCAUACUGGUGUGAGAGAGUACAUGUGCUUUCAAUGUGAAAAGACUUUUACUACAGCAAGCAAUUUGAAACUGCACCAGAGGAUUCACACUGGAGAGAAACCUUAUAAGUGUUCACACUGUGACAAGAGAUUCAUUCAGUCAAUACAUCUGAAAACACAUGAGACGAUUCACACUGGAGAGAAACUGUAUCACUGCACUGAAUGUGGGAAGUGUUUCAGUCAUUCAUCUUCUCUACACAGACAUACAAAAAACAUUCACACAUCACACUGCCUCCAUCGGCUUGCCUUCUUCCCAAAGUACCAUUUGUUUCCCAGCGUCAUGCAUUGCUGCCGCACACUGGUUUAUAUGCUGCACAAGUCCCCUAUUUACAUUUGUAUUAUCCAGGUACGUGCUUCAUUGUUAUAUGUUCUUAAGAUGUGUCUUUGUGAAAGUAUAUUGCCCCAGUCUGCAUGAGAUGUCACAGCGUGUUGUGCAUUGAUGCUGCACGCUGGUUUAUAUGCUGCACAGGUCCUCAAAUAUUUACAUUUGUAUUAUCCAGAAUAAAUGAGGAUCUGAUGGCAAGAAUUUUCACAGUCUGUCUUUCGUUUUGACACAACGCAGAAA